AAAACCAACGCGUUCAAGCGAUUCGUGUAACUGACGUCAUCAACCGGUGUGUCAUCUUGAACCAUAUUAUAACCGCGGCACAUAACACAGAAAUUUUGGUUAUUCGCUUGGAUUUGAUUAUUCAUUCUUUUUAUCACCCCAAUUCUCCAUAUUCAUUGGUUUGAAGUUUAUAAACUAUUUACAUUUUAAAUUUUUCUACAAUAAUAGAUUUUUCUGGAACAUAUGCACGUAUAUUUCCGAGAUAAAAACAAACUGUGGGUUAGUUACCAUAUGUGAUUGAUAUGGCUUGGAAUUUUUAAGCAGAAAGUACAGAAACUAGAGGUUUUUUAAUAGCUUUAACCUUACAGACGUGACUUUGAUAUACUGUUGAUAUGAGUAUUGGAAGCUGGUUGCAACAGAAGUAUUAAUAAUUGUAUUUGAAUCAGAUCUUGCUACCUAGAAAUAUUGAUAAACAUUUUAACUGUGAACUACAACUAUGUCUUCCUUGGUGUCUUCAAUACAGUUUUAGCCAGAAGGACACAUUUACAAUUGUUCAAGUCCGUCACUUAAAUUUGUUAGAAUAUCAAAGCAAACACUUGCUAAGAAAAAAUGGGUAGCUGUUCAAGAUUUUUGUAUGGUCGAUGUGCAUGGUACAAAUGAAUUGGAUAAAUUCAAUGUGAAGGAAUAUGUUGUGAAAGCUCAAAUUCUUGCUGGAGGCAGGGGUAAAGGCCAUUUCGACAAUGGCUUCAAGGGUGGUGUACACAUAACAGAAAACAAGGAGGAAGUUCCGAAAUUGAUAAACCAAAUGUUAGGGUACAAACUAAUUACUAAACAGACACCAAAAGAUGGAAUAGAAGUAAAAAAGAUAAUGAUAGCAGAAAGUGUGAACAUUAAGAGAGAAACCUACCUCUGUAUUUUAAUGGAUCGUCAAAUGAAUGGUCCAGUGAUUAUAGCAUCUCCUGCCGGUGGCAUGGACAUUGAAGCUGUUGCAGAAAAAACUCCGCAUUUAUUGAAAAAAGUACCUGUAGACAUCUUUGAAGGUAUAAACUAGUUAGGACUCCCCUUUUCAGAAAGAAUUACGCUUGAAAUAUCCAAGCUAAUGAUUGUUAAGUUCCCCCCAAAGGAUCAGCGUAAAAAUAUACCCAGGAAAUUCACUAAUAUUAAAUAUUUUGUAUCCUUUCCACCCUGGUCACAUACGUUCCCUCUGUAAUCGUCCUUGCUGCUAUUGAUGCUUGAGAGGUGCCAACAGUCACUCUACUUGGAUCCCUUUUUUAAGGUGUAACGGAUCAGAUGGCUGAAGACAUAGCUGCAUUCUUAGAAUUCAAAGGAGAUCUUAAACAAAAAGCUGCAAAGGAAAUACAAAGUUUAUGGAAAUUAUUCUGUAAUGUUGACGCAGUUCAGUUAGAAAUUAACCCUCUAGUGGAGACUGAUGAUAAAAAAGUGGUAGCUGUUGACGCUAAAUUGAAUUUUGAUGAUAACGCAAAGUUCAGACAAAAAGAAAUAUUCGCCAUGGACGACGUUUCAGAAAGUGAUCCUAGGGAAGUUGAAGCUGCGAAAUAUAACCUCAAUUAUAUAGGAAUGACUGGAAAUAUUGGGUAUGAACUUUUUGAACGCUUGUAGUAUGAUAGAAAGGUGUUCCAAAUUGUAAGUAAUUAUAAGUUGGCACGCCAUUCUAUCAUACUGCAGCUGUAGAUUUUUAGGUUGUUAUUCAAACAGGAUGGCCAAUGUAUAACCACGUGAUUUAAAUUGCGCGCCAUUUUUGAUACACGCAUUUCAGUAGGUGGCGCCGUCGUAGUUGCUUAAAGCACAUGUGUCCAAUUCAUCAUGAAGCGUUACACGAUCCCAAAACGCGUCCAUAUUGUUAAAACGUUGUACUUGAAUAAUGAGUCGCUGUUGCAACGAUGCGGUCGAAAUAAUGUGUCCAGUGUCAACACCAUUCGUCAGUUGGUGCGGAACUGGUAAAGUUAAAGUCUCAAGGUCGGGCCGUUCAUACUCCGGAAAAUAUCGAGAAAGUUCGCGAAGGUGUAGUGCACCGCCCUGAGACGUAUAUGAGAUAUGGUUC